GUUACAUCACAGUGUUCCCGGCACGCCGACAGUCACACGCAGCAGUUGAACCGGCGAAAAGAGAGCAGCUUUUCUUCUCUACAGUGGGAAAUACUUAUAUAGCCAAGAUGAGCGACAUUGGAUACGAAGACAAUGAGUCCAAGUUGAUGAGAAAAAUCAAGCAGAAUCCAUUCGUCCCUGCAGGGAUGGCUGGGUUCUUUGCCAUUGUGGCGUACAGACUGUUCAAGCUGAAGAGCCGAGGAGACACAAAGAUGUCAGUGCACCUGAUUCACAUGCGUGUGGCUGCACAAGGCUUCGUGGUCGGAGCCAUGACUUUAGGAGUCAUCUAUUCGAUGUACAACGAGUAUAUUCUGAAACCCGCCGAAGCACAGAAGGCGCUGGAGCAGAAAGCGUUGGAAAAGAAGUGAAGAGUUUUGUUGGUUUCCUGAGAUAUCCUUCGUACCACCUCAUAUUAAGGUGUCCCUUAAAGUGUAUUUAUAGCGAACUUUUUGUUUACUUCUUAUUUCUUUACACCGUUUCCUAUUUAAACCUAAUAAGCCUCGGAUCAGGAGGUUUGUGUGUUCAUGGCACGUUUGAGGAAUGACAAAAUAGUUCCUAUUUUGAAUCUGCCAACUAUUAUUUAUUUCUCAUAUCAGUAACGCGCUGAUAAUCACAGUAUAAAAUGUAUUUUAUUUUAUUUUUGGAGUUUUUUCAAAAGUUUUGCUGCUUUUAUUUUCAUUUUGUGCCCUAGUUUUAUGAAUAAGGUGUGGCAUGAAAACCUUUGUACCUUCUAAUUUAGGAUUUUUUUCUUGUAUUAUUUAUAUAGACUAGCAGAGCCAAUAAUGCGCGCAAUUAUUGUGUAUUGCCAUACACCCAAAGCGCUUUACAAUUGUGUGAGGGCGUCUCUAACAUAAGUCUAGUCAUGAUUCAUAAACACACUGAACCUAAUAUGGGGAAUUUACCCGUGUUAAAUUACUAUGGUACAAGGAGCCCCUAACAGGAUAUACAGGAGUUCAGUCAACGCACAGUUUUGUUUAUUCAGUUUGAGGAGUGUGUGUGUGUGAGAGAUAGAGAGAAAGUGUGUGUGUGUUUGUGAAAGUAUUAGCAUGAUAUUUCCUAGAUUGAAUGGUUGUGUAUCUGUGUGGAGCGAUUAUUUCACCUCUUUGUUUUAUAUUUCGACAUAAUUUCACAAAGUCCUAGUUUUAGAGUGAGCUAUAUUUUGAGGAUCUCAGCUUCAACUUUGUUUAUCUUUGCCAAUAAAAUAAAAAAAUGUGUAAUUUUAAA